AUGCCAGAAGAUUCCAACCAAAAGUACCUUCUGUCCUCAAGCAGAGUCCUGAUGAAGCGCGAGUCUGAUUCAAUUCGUUUUGUUUCCAUUGAAGAAAGAAACAUUUUAAUAUUAAUUAGCAUGGUCCACUUGAUUGGUUCUUUACUUUGGGAAUUUUCCAAUCCUCCGCCUUACUCAUUUGACGCUAAUCGCAUUCAAUAUCCUUUUUCGUCUUACUCAUUCAACGCCAACUGCAUUCAAUAUCUUCAUCCUCAAUAUUUUACCCAUUCGGAUACCAAAAGGAAAGUCUUUUACCCAUUCAAUUCCUAUAUCAUAUACCCACAAAACCCACAGUACACUUCAGGCUUCUUCUGCUUUCAAUCAUUAAAAUUCCUCUUAAUUCAACUCACUCACCUGGGUCUUUAA